AUUGAACCGGAGCCAUUUCACAGCCAGUUCACCAACCGCCCGGCCCAGGGGUGUUUCCUGUCUGGACUCCACCGACACCCCCUUUUCUGCGAAGCCACGAGCGGAAGCCUGGCCCCUGGAAACGAACGGUGGCCGCGGGGAGGGUCCCACCGCGGGGAGGGUCGCGCUGCCCGGACAUGUUUCCCGGGCGCCAUGGACCCGAGGCAGGGGCCUUUCCUGAACAGAUACUACCCCAGCCCACCUCAAGGCUAUGUGCACAGUGAACUCAGACACCAGCAACCGGGACCAGGAUCUUAUCCUAACAGUUUCCAGCUUCAGCAAAUAGAGUUUCUCAAGGGGCAGCUCCCAGAAGUACCUCUGAUUGGAAAGCAGGCACCAAUCCUGCCGCUGCCCCUCCCUGAAUUCCAGCCAAGGUUUCCAGGACCCCCUGCCAGAGGCAGGCAGCCGGAGAUCUGGGGUAUCCCCAGGGGUGCACCUCUCAGAAGCCAGGCGCUCCAGAGAGAGUUCCAGCUUCCUUCCCCACGCGGCAGCAUUCUGCCAUGGAGGGGUGUCGAUAGGCUCUCCUCACACUUCCAGGACCUGCGGAUCGGCCUGCAGGGCCAGGAACAAAGGGUGUUAGAGCUCUUUCAGGAGCUCGGUGAAGGGAGGGUCACCACAGCGCAGGAUUUGGCUGCAAAGCUCCAAGCCCCCAAGAAGGAAGUCAAUCGCAUUUUGUACUCACUAGCGAAGAAGGGCACGCUGCAUCAGGAGGUGGGAAGGCCCCCUCUGUGGAGACUUGCAGCCUCGGCCCCGCGCUGGAACCACCCCAGCCAAGCACCGAGAGCAGACGGGUGUAGCCAGGGAGCUCCAGACUCAGCCCCCGGUUUGGAAGCUGAAGACAGAGACCCCACGUCCGGCUUGGAAGACCCUUCUGAGUCCGCUGACAUGGCCGAGAUCAGGGAGGAGAUCUGCAACUACUUGUUCAGUGCAUUCAAGUCCUCCGCUCUGAAUUUGGCCAAAAACAUCGGCCUCACGAAAGCCCGAGAUGUCAACGCCGUGCUGAUUGACUUGGAAAGGCAGGGGGAUGUCUACAGGCAAGGGACGACCCCUCCCAUCUGGUAUUUGACUGAAAAGAAGCGGGAGAGGAUACAAAUCAAGAGAAAUACGAACAGUGUCCCUGAAACCACUCAAGUUGCUGUCCCCGAGACCAAAGGAAGCGCCGAGCUCCCUCCCUGUGACUCACCUGUGCCAGAUGCCUCCAACAGUGUCGCCACAGGAAACCUGGAGAAUGGGCAAGAACCGGUCAUAAAGUUAGAAAGGGAGCAGGAUGUCACCCCAGAGCCAAUAAAACCGAAACCACCUGUCCGUGACAAUGGCCCCUCAAAAACAGGGUAUGUUGACUUUGAAAAUGGCCAGUGGGCCACAGAUGACAUCCCCGAUGACUUGAAUAGCAUCCACGCAGCCCCAGGUGAGUUUCGAGCCAUCAUGGAGAUGCCCUCCUUCUACAGUCAUGGCUUGCCGCGGUGUUCACCCUACAAGAAACUGACAGAGUGCCAGCUGAAGAACCCCAUCAGCGGGCUGUUAGAAUAUGCUCAGUUCGCUAGUCAGACCUGUGAGUUCAACCUGAUAGAGCAGAGUGGACCACCACAUGAACCUCGAUUUAAAUUCCAAGUUGUCAUCAAUGGCCGAGAGUUUCCCCCAGCUGAAGCUGGCAGCAAGAAAGUGGCCAAGCAGGACGCAGCCCUGAAAGCCAUGACAAUCCUGCUUGAGGAAGCUAAAGCCAAGGACGGCGGAAGACCGGAAGAAGCGAACUGCGGCUCCAUGGAGAGAGAACCGGAGAAGACGGCAGAGGCCCAGCCCACCACCCCUUCAGCAGCUUCCUUCUUUUCUGGGAAGAACCCCGUCACCACAUUGCUUGAGUUCCAGUACUGUGUUGCGAUGGGAAACCACACCUUCCCCACUGCAAGUGCUCCCAGCAAGAAAGUGGCAAAGCAGAUGGCUGCGGAGGAAGCCAUGAAGGCCCUGCACGGGGAGGCGACCAACUCGACACCUUCCGAGACCCAGCCCGGAAGUACCAACACAGAAUCGUUUGAUAACUCGGAAUCUGCGAUGCCCAACAAGGUCAGGAGGAUUGGUGAGCUCGUCAGAUACCUGAACACCAACCCCGUGGGCGGCCUGUUAGAAUAUGCCCGCUCCCACGGCUUUGCUGCUGAGUUCAAGCUGGUCGACCAGUCCGGACCGCCUCACGAGCCCAAGUUUGUUUACCAAGCGAAAGUCGGAGGCCGCUGGUUCCCAGCCGUCUGCGCGCACAGCAAGAAGCAAGGCAAGCAGGAGGCAGCGGACGCCGCUCUCCGUGUCCUGAUUGGGGAGAACGAGAAGGCAGAGCGCAUGGGCUUCACAGAGCUCCCUCUCACCGGCAGCACCUUCCACGACCAGAUAGCCAUGCUGAGCCACCGGUGCUUCAACGCUCUCACCAACAGUUUCCAGCCCUCCUUGCUCGGCCGCAAGAUCCUGGCUGCUAUCAUCAUGAAGAAGGACUCCGAUGACCUGGGGGUUGUGGUCAGCUUGGGGACAGGGAACCGCUGUGUGAAAGGAGACUCCCUGAGCCUGAAGGGGGAGACCGUCAACGACUGCCACGCGGAGAUCAUCUCCCGCAGGGGCUUCAUCAGGUUUCUCUACAACGAGCUGAUGAAGUACAGCCCCCAGACUGCGAAGGACAGCAUAUUCGAACCCGUUCGGGGAGGAGAGAAGCUCCAGAUAAAGAAGACCGUGUCGUUUCACCUGUACAUCAGCACGGCCCCCUGCGGGGACGGCGCCCUUUUCGACAAGUCCUGCAGCGACCGUGCGGUGGAGAGCACCGACUCCCGCCACUACCCAGUCUUCGAGAACCCCAAACAAGGCAAGCUGCGCACCAAGGUAGAGAACGGGGAAGGCACGAUCCCGGUAGAGUCCAGUGACAUCGUGCCCACGUGGGAUGGCAUCCGGCUCGGGGAGAGGCUCCGCACCAUGUCCUGCAGUGACAAAAUCCUGCGCUGGAACGUGCUAGGCCUGCAAGGGGCGCUGUUGACCCACUUCCUGCAGCCCGUGUAUCUCCAGUCUGUCACACUGGGUUACCUUUUCAGCCAAGGGCAUCUGACGCGUGCCAUUUGCUGUCGUGUGACAAGAGACGGGAGUGCAUUUGAGGAUGGACUGCGACACCCCUUUAUUGUCAACCACCCCAAGGUCGGCCGAGUCAGCGUGUAUGACUCCAAAAGGCAGUCCGGGAAGACCAAGGAGACGAGCGUCAACUGGUGUUUGGCCGACGGCUACGACCUGGAGAUCCUGGAUGGGACCAGGGGCACCGUGGACGGGCCGCGGAAUGAAUUGUCCCGGGUCUCCAAAAAGAACAUUUUUUUUCUAUUUAAGAGGCUCUGUUCCUUCCGGGACCGCAGAGAUCUACUUCAACUCUCCUAUGGUGAGGCCAAGAAAGCUGCCCGUGACUAUGAGACAGCCAAGAACUAUUUCAAAAAAAGCCUGAAGGACAUGGGCUACGGGAACUGGAUAAGCAAGCCCCAGGAGGAAAAGAACUUCUAUCUCAGUGGUCCCUCGACUGACCACAGGACAGUGUAGGGCAGGGCGUUUCACACCGGGGUGAGAGACGUCGGUCGGAGCGUCCCUCAGCACAUUGGACUUGGGGGCCUGUUUUUUCUUUCUCUUCCCUUUUUAACGGAACCACAGUUGCCGGUACUGAGACCUCGGGGUUCCUGUUUGUCCUGCUUCCCUCGGGAAUACCAGGCCGGUUCUCUCCAGGUUCUCUCAUCUCUCCACCCGGCGCAUAAGCAGUCACUGAGCACCCACAACCCACCUCCUCCUCAGUUGGGUUUGGGUGUUUUCCGUUUCCUUUCCCUCUGUCUGUUCCCGUGUCCUCUCGUGGUCGCGAGCAGGUUCCAUCAGCUCUGUGAGUCGUGUCAGGGACGAUGGUCUCGUGUGGGUGAUUUCAUCUGCAAGCCCCCCCACCCCUUCUGUGGUCACACUUCUCACUUUCCUCCAAGCAGGUGAACAGGGGACCUACAGAGUCUAGUGAGGCAGUUAGAAGGGCAGGGUUUGAAGCUGCAGUGAGCUAAUUCCUGGUGCCCAGUGUGAUUGGGAUCUGCAGACAAUACCCAUUGAUCUUCGGAUCUUGCACUUUAGCCAGCUGAGGAGGGGCCCAGA